AUAUAUGACUUAUUUUAUUAAUGGUUCCAAGUAAUAAGAGGAUUAAUAAGAGGUAUCUUGUUAAGUAAAAGCUUGCAAACAUUUCACACCACAUGUCCACAUUGUUUUGGCUUUUUUACACCUCUCUUUCUCUCACUGUCCCUCUCACAUUCACAUCGACUUUGACCUGUGGCCAGCCACCGGCAUCUCUUUUAUCUCUACUCCAAUGCCGACCCCACCCUUUCACUCUCUUCAUCCAUCAUCAUCUUCAUCUUCUCAAACCCUCUUUUUCUCACUUCAAAAAGCUUAAAUAACCUUUCUUCUUCUUUCAUUUCCUUCUUUUCCUUCCCUCAAACCCUAAUCCACUCCUCCUCCUAAUUUACGCUCCUUCUCCUCCCACUCUCCACCCUAAUAUUAUGCAUCAUCAUUAACAUCUAUAUGCAUACUUUCUUUUUUCCUUUUCCUUUUCUCAGAACCCCGAUUUCCCAAUUGGAUUUCGUGGAAACUUUAUCACCAUACACGUAAUUCACUGCUCACUAUUUCAAAUCAUUUCUUCUUCAGUCUUUCUUUUUUGCUCAACCUAUGGAUUCUGGUAACAGUGGAAGCAUCUCUUCCAGCGAUGAAGAAUACGAUUCAUCACACGCUGAUCCAUCCUUCCUCAAUCAUUUUGGUUCCAUCUCCCACCCCCAACCAUCCCUUGUUCCUUCUCACCCCUCAAUGUUUGAUCUCUCCUCAACCUACCUCCAUGCUCUCUCACAAUCCAACCCAAACCAAAACCCCCACAAUUCCUUCUUAAACAUGGACUCCCUUGGCCAAAGAUCUCAAUCCAAUUGCACUCUCCCUCAAAGCCUACCAUCUUCUUCAUCACCCACACCACCAAUAAACCAAUGCUUCUCGGCUCCUCAACCCCUUGCCCACGACAACACUAGUGCAAGACAACUCUCGUCACCGCCACAAACCACCAACCUCGUACGCAACCCCAAGAAACGAAGCAGAGCUUCAAGGCGUGCACCCACCACCGUUCUCACCACCGACACCACCAAUUUCAGAUCCAUGGUUCAAGAGUUCACCGGAAUCCCAGCACCGCCCUUUUCACCUUCCUUCUCUCGCCGCCUCCCUCUCCGCUCGAACCCUUUGCUUUCAGCUUCUUCAAGGACCUCGUUGCACAACAACGCCACCAUCAAUCUUUCUCCUACUAAUAACUCCAUCAACUACCAUCUACUUCCUGAUCUGUCGUUACCCUAUCAGCCCCCACAGAAUAUCAUGCAACAUCACCCUAUUCCCGCAUUCCACCCCUCUUAUUCUCUUCAACCUCUUGUCCCUGCAGGGUUUGGUGCAAAGUCUCUAUUCAUGCCCGCGCUUGAUGCGCAUGAUCUGGUGGUUGCACAGGGUCAUGAACACGUGGUAUCUGAGGGCAUGCUUCUGAGGAGUGGCGGUGACGGUGAUUGUAGAGAUGGAGGCAUGGUUGGAGGAGGGAGAAGAGAGUCGUUUAGGUGCUUGGAUGGGAACAACUAUGGUGGGUGCAAGCUCAACAUCUCGGUUUCUGCUUCUAGCAGCGUGAACCAUGAGAAGAACUUGGAGAAUGGUAAUUCCCCUAGGGAAGGUGCCGUGGAAGCGUGGAUUUGUUCUUCUGAUCAAUAGGAUCUCGCGUGUGUGAGAGUAAACAGUAUACUCAACAGGUGAAUCAUUGCAGCGUGGAAUUUCAUACACUGCAAUGAAUUAAGAGCGUCAUCAUGAUGAUGUUGAUCCUAGUGCUGUAGUGUUGGUGGUUAGCAUUUGCAGCUAUCAUUUUUUUUCUUUCUUUCUUUUUUGCUUUAAUUUUUUUAUAUUUUUUAAAGUAUAGGUAGAUAGGGUGAGAUUAAUUUUAUUUCAUAGUAU